AUGGGCUACAGGUUUGGAGACAUCGUGGUCGGGAGGAUCACGGAGGUUCCGCAGAAGCGAUGGAAAGUGGAGACGAAUUCCAGGCUGGAUUCAGUCCUGUUGCUGUCAUCCAUGAAUUUACCUGGUGGGGAACUGAGAAGGAGAUCAGCAGAAGAUGAGCUUGCAAUGAGGGAUUAUCUGCAGGAAGGGGACCUCAUCAGUGCAGAGGUCCAGUCCGUGUUUUCUGAUGGGGCUGUAUCACUGCACACCAGGAGUCUGAAAUAUGGGAAGCUUGGCCAGGGUGUGCUCGUUCAGGUCUCACCCUCCCUUGUGAAACGCCAGAAGACUCAUUUCCACGACUUGCCCUGUGGUGCAUCUGUGAUCCUUGGCAACAAUGGUUUCAUCUGGAUCUACCCAACUCCAGAGCAGAAAGAUGAAGAGGCAGGAGGCUUCACCACCAACUUGGAGCCAGUUCCCUUGUCUGACCGGGAGGUGAUCUCACGGCUCCGAAACUGCAUCGUGGCUCUGGUUACUCAGAAGUUGAUGCUCUUUGACACCAGCAUCCUGUAUUGCUAUGAAGCAUCCCUUCCUCAUCAGAUCAAGGACAUUCUCAAACCAGAGGUGAUGGAGGAGAUCGUUCUGGAAACCCGACAGAGGUUGCUGGAGCUGGAGGGAUAGGGAAGUGGCCAGAAGCAGUUAUUUCAAGUCCCAGCAUGGCAGCUUUUGUGUUGGUUUUUUUUUGCUGGUGUUGUAGCCCCAACAUUCAUUCCACACUUCAAAACCCACCAAAAUUCUUCAUUUUAACUCCCUAGCAUACCUCCUGAUCCCUUUUAGUACAAUAGUACUAAAUAGUACUUAAGUACAAUAGCCUUUUAGUGCAGCAGCCUGAAAACUUGGUAUCUGACCUUAAUGAAGAUGCAGAUGCAACUGGCAUGUAUCUCAUAGUACUUGUUGCUGUGUCUAGUGCCCCU